AUGGGCCAAUACACCAGCCUCCAUGGAGAUCCCAUCCGGACAGCGGGUCCUGACUCCCUGUCGGUGAAGCAGGAGGAAUUGGCCAACGCUGAGGGCCUAGCACUGAACUCCCCUUUGUGCUGCUUUGACCACUUCCACCUUGUCAAUGCAUCUGGCCGGGGGGAGGCACUUGGCUUGCUGCGCACCCUGUGCUGCUCCUGGCUGCAUCCCAAGGUGCACACCAAGGAGCAGAUGCUAGAGCUGCUGGUGCUGGAGUUGUUCUUGUGUGCCCUGCCCUCUGGUGCCCAGGCCUGGGUGCGAGGCCAUCAGCCCAGGAGUGAACAUAAGGCCAUGGCCCUGCUGGAAGAGCUGUGGCAAACUGGAAAAGUGGCCCAACAUGUGCGUUGUCACAAAGGUAUAUACGUGAGUAUAGAAGCGGAUCCACUCAAUACAUUUAACUGGACCUCAGAGAAAGUUGAGACUUGUGACAAUGGGACAUUUUGCCAGGAAAGUAUUCUGAUGAUUACAGCAGGAGCUGAGUAUGCCUUUGUGGCUACUAAGGGCUGCAUCCCUGCAGGGAUGCCAGAGAUGACUCUUAUCCAACACACCCCAGCCCCUGGCUUGAUGUCAGUCUCCUUCAGUAACUACUGUGAGGAGCCCCUUUGCAACAACAAAGAUAGCAUGUCUUCGAUUUGGAUGCCACACCUGAGCCCAGCUCCCAGUGUGUCAACAAGCCUCUCUUGCCCCACCUGUGUGGCUUUGGGGACCUGUUUCAGUGCCCCCUCUCUUCCCUGUCCCAGUGGUACAACUCGAUGCUAUCAAGGAAAACUUUAUAUCACUGGAGGAGACAUCAACACACUUGUGGAGGUCAAAGGCUGUACAGCCAUAACUGGUUGCAAGCUGAUGUCUGGGGUCUUUUCUGUUGGAGUCAUGGAGGUGAAGGAAGUGUGUCCACACCAGUCUCUCACUCAACCCCGAAAGCUUGAAAGUGGGGCCACCAGCCUUCCUAUAUCAGUUUGGGGGUUAGAGCUACUGCUGCUGUUGCUGCUGCAACCACUUGUCCACUCUGGUCCUGGGUCUCAGGGCACCCCCUUUUGACUGGGAGUCUUCUGACUGCUGGUCAUCAGU